UGGAAAUAGUGAAGUAAUACUCAUGACAACAUACGAAUAUUGAUACGAUCAGAUGUAUUGUGCUGUAGUAGGCUCACUUAUCAUAUUCAUGACCUUUCCAUCCCAGAUAAGAGAUAUAGAGAUCCACAACCAAAAGAGAGCAUAGGCCUACAGUAAGAGGAACAGGCUAACCCUAAAAACUCAUAGUUCGUCCCAGAGCAGUUUGGGAUACUGGGGGUGUGGCCGGAGUCUUCAUUGAAGAUUUUGUAACGUUGUGACAACAUGACCACGUGUGUCAUCCGCGAAGGACAAGUUACAAAACAAAUCCAUAUGACAUUUGAAGUCGUGUGUGGUGAUAAUUUUCAACUGUUCGGUGUUCGGUGAAGUCUUACUACUAUGAAAGCUGAUACUACCUAACAACGUGUUUGGAACUGCUGGUUAAGCGAUGCACUUCGCCGAUUUCCUCGCAGGAUCUGUUGGAGGAGCCUGUGGGGUGGCAGUUGGUUACCCCUUCGACACAGUAAAAGUGAGGAUCCAGACCCAAAAGCAGUUCUCUGGAAUAUGGCAGUGUUUUGUAAAAACCUUGGAAAAAGAAGGGGUCCAUGGUUUCUUUAAGGGGAUGUCCCUGCCCGUCACCACUGUGUCCAUGACAUCCUCGGUGGUGUUCGGGACCUACAGGAACUGCCUGCAGUGCCUCAGUCAGUUCCACGGCCUCGGGGCCCCCAACACCAAGCUGGACGUCUUCCUGUCUGGACUGGCUGGGGGAGUGGCCCAGAUCUCAGUCAUGUCGCCGGGUGACAUUGUGAAGGUCCGUUUGCAGUGUCAGACGGAGUCCAUGCGUGGUGGUGGUGGUCGUGGUGGCACUAACCUGGCCAAGCCGAAAUACCGCGGCCCCGUCCACUGCCUGGUGUCCAUCGUGUGCAAGGACGGGCCACGGGGCCUGUAUAAGGGGGCCCUGCCACUGGCCCUCAGGGACGGCCCCUCCUUCGCCACCUACUUCCUCACCUACCAGACGCUGUGCGAGUGGCAGACGCCCGCCGGACAGAAGGAAACAGAGUGGACUGCUGUGCUGUUGGCGGGAGGGGUGGCUGGCAUGGCCGGCUGGUCGGUCGGCACGCCCAUGGAUGUCAUCAAAGCUCGCCUGCAGAUGGACGGUGCGCUGGAGCAGAAGAGGUACCGCGGCCUUGUCCACUGCGUGACGGAGACCGUGCGCGUGGAGGGUUCGACCGUGUUCUUCAAGAGCCUGGGCAUCAACUGCCUGCGCGCCUUCCCAGUCAACAUGGUGGUGUUCGCCGUGUACGAGCUUGCCGUCCGCGUCCUCCGCAAACCAGAGACAGUCACACACAUCUGACAUAGCCAGCACUAAUGCUGUGUGUGUCUGUGCUGUGUGGAUUAUCAGGUCAAUUAAUGCAUCUUUUAUAUACUUUAGCUGCUGGAAAAGCGCACAAAAUGAAAGAAAGGGACAUCAGUGUUUUAAAUGUGAGCAUGAAAGAGCUUUUACUGUCUGAGACUACCCAUGAGUUGUAUGCUAUAGGUACUCUGCUUCUUAAUUAAAUGCUGUAUCGUAUUUGGGGCAUCAUGUGGAAAUGUAGUGUAGUGGGGCAUCAUGGGAAAUGUAGUUUUUGUGCCCAUCCUCAGGAUGUAGGCAGAGGCUAAAGUCACCACAGGAGGGCACACUGGCUAAAGGUUUGAGUCUGGAACAAAGCCGACCCAGAAAAGGUCUUGAUCUGGCUCGGGUCUGGGGCUAGAGAGCAGCUGACUGGACCUUGUUAGCCGGUAAAAAAUAAUUAUGGGUCAAAUGGGGAGGGCCUAUAUAUACUCUAUAUACUAUGUAAUAUAUUUAUCUAAAAUGAUGAGGGGGGAGAGGAAGGUGAUAAAUGUAUACCUGGAUGUAUGUAUGAAUGUUUACAAUAUGUUGACUUUUGUCCUCAGUCGAAGAAAAGAAUAUUUUAUUUUGUUAAUGAAAGUAUUAAUUUGGUUUCUGUUAUUUAUUUGAAUCUCAUGCUGUUACAAGUUAAAGAAACUACUGUUUGAGCUUGUCUGCUGCCAGCUACUGAUGUGCCUAAGCACUUGUGGGGAUUAAUAUGGGCAUUAAUAAUGCAAUAAAUUAAAUCCAUCCAGA